CACUCCACCAUUUUUGCUUUUUCUUACUGACAAGACUAAUCUGGUUUACUUCGAGCCCUUCUGGAAGGUUCCCCAAAACCUUUUGAAGCCAGCUCAUGCACUUGACAGGAAAUGCUCCUCCAGACUAAGGAAAUUGUUGUCAACUUUGAUAAAGUUCUCUCCGGUUACUGUGGCAUCUGACAACAUGAAAUCAUUUUUGGGAUUCUGAGCGACCUGAAACAAGAGAGACUUUGCCUGAGCUGACUAAUUUCGUUUGUCAGCUGGGUGCAAACCAACCUUUAUUCCAGUAUUAUUUGCAAUCAUGAUAUACAUAUUUGGAGGCCGUGUCGACAAACAAGUGUUGUUUCUCCUCCGCGCCUGCGAUGUCGCUGUGGAAACAAACGUGUCCCGCCUGGUCCUGUCGCUCUCGCGAUAUUUCCUCGUAUUUUGAAUUCCAACAUGGCGACAGAAGAAGAGGCGGUCAACGUCGUCGUGAGCGAAGCGGACGCGGUCAAGAGGUUGCUUCGCUAAUUUUUUUUUUACCGAUUUCGAUUCUUUCGAAGGCGUAAACAGGACUCGUUUCAACGGUGUGCUUCUGGAGCAGGUCUCGGCGGCGUUCGGUCUCCAAAACUCUCAGCUAACUACUUAGUAGACGUCGUAGUAGUGCGAAUAAGUGGCGAGCUUUGUUCCGGAAGGGGGAAACAAACGCGUUUGUCAUUUUUCUGUUCACAUUUAUAAUGUUAUUAACUAUAUCGUCACCACCUUCUGCAAACGUACAUUUCAGUUUUAGCGGAAGUGAUUAGAGUUUAAUGUUUCGAUUUUAAACUCGGUGUGCCAAUCCAUAAAUGCUUUGAUGCGUACAGUAAACGCUUAUUACGCUACACCAUUAUACACACGUAACUUCUGUGUAUUAUUAUUAUUAUUUUUUUUGCAACGUGCACAGUGUCAGGGUCACAACACGUGGAAGAUGUCGACGUCGGUGGUAUUUUGCAUUUUGCGUACGUCUGUCUCAAAACAAGCAUUAACGUGCAUUUUGGGGUCCCCCCCCCCCCCCGUUCCCCCCACGAAAUCCCACGUGCUUGGUUAUCAACUGUAUUUAUUUACCUGCUUGAAAAUGAGGCACAUUCUUCCGAGACAUCGGCAGUGGGGAAGCUUUUUGUUUCCUGGACCAGUUUUUGACGCAGUACCGUUGGUUGCAAUUGCAGUUCAAAAUCAUCCGCUCGGUGCUGCGAACGUUUUUCAUGACGACACAACUUUGAGUGCCGCAGCUGGACUAAAAAUGUUGGGUGCGGAAAAACCCAAAAUUGCCGUAGCAUGUCGAGCCUUCCACGCUCGACGCGGCAUUCGCUGAACUUCCCGUCGGCGGCAUGGACGCGAAGUCUUCCGGCGGCAAGGAAGGCCUGCGGGGAAAGGGCAAAAAUCUUGAGAAGGCAGCCGAGAGUUUCUCACUUGUCGUCGUCGUUGCGAUGACGUGUCGAGCGCGGCAGGAGGCGGCGGGCGACGCCUCGGAGGCCGCCGACACGCUGACGGGCUCCGGGGACGAGGACGGCGGGCGGCAGCUGGGCGAGGUGGAGCUGCAGUGCGCCUUGUGCAGCAAGUGGUUCACCGCCGACGCCUUCGGCAUCAGCACGGCGUCCUGUCUGCCCUUCAUGACCAACUACGUGUUCCACUGCAACGUCUGCCACCACAGCGGCAACACCUACUUCCUCAGGAAGCAAGCCAACCUGAAGGAGAUGUGCCUGACGGCGCUGGCCAACCUGACCUGGCGCUCCAGGAGUCAAGACGAGCAUCCCAAGACCAUGUUCUCCAAAGACAAGGACAUCAUUCCCUUCAUCGACAAGUACUGGGAAUGCAUGACCACCCGACAGCGACCCGGCAAGUUGACGUGGCCCAACAACAUCGUGAAGACCAUGAGCAAAGAGCGAGACGUUUUCCUGGUGAAGGAACACCCGGACCCCGGCAGUAAAGACCCCGAAGAGGACUACCCGAAGUUUGGACUGCUGGACCAGGACCUGGGGACCAUCGGCCCGUCGUACGACUCCCAGAAGCAGUCGACCGUCGCGCCCGCCGCCGGAGGCCUCAACGGUGGAUCCUCGUACUCAGGUGCGCUGGCUCCGGUGGCGGCCAAAGGCAGAGGAGCCAAGCGGAAGCAGCAGCAGCAACAGCAGGAGGGGGCCACGGCGGGGGCCACCAAGAGGACCCGCAGCGACCCGCUGUUCUCGGCCCAGCGCCUGCCCCCCCACGGCUACCCCCUGGAGCACCCCUUCAACAAAGACGGCUACCGCUACAUCCUCGCCGAGCCGGACCCGCACGCCCCCGACCCGGAGAAGUUGGAGCUGGACUGCUGGGCCGGGAAGCCCAUCCCGGGCGACCUGUACCGGGCGUGCCUGUACGAGCGGGUUCUGCUGGCGCUGCACGACCGAGCGCCCCAGCUGAAGAUUUCCGACGACCGGCUGACGGUGACGGGCGAGAAGGGCUACUCCAUGGUGCGCGCCUCGCACGGCGUGCGCAAGGGCUCCUGGUACUUCGAGGUGUCGGUGGACGACAUGCCGCCCGACACGGCCGCCCGGCUGGGCUGGUCGCAGCCUCUGGGCAACCUGCAGGCGCCGCUGGGCUACGACAAGUUCAGCUACUCGUGGCGCAGCAAGAAGGGGACCCGCUUCCACCAGUCGCUGGGCAAGCGCUACUCGUCGGGAUACGGCCAGGGAGACACUCUGGGCUUCCUCAUCGAGCUGCCCGACCGCACCGAGACGGCCCGGGCGCUGCCCGACACCUACAAGGACAAGGCGCUCAUCAAGUUCAAGAGCUACUUGUACUUUGAGGAGAAGGAUUACGUGGACAAGGCCGAGAAGAGCCUGAAGGUCAUGAGCCCCAGCAGGAUGGUGUUCUACAAGAACGGCGCCAGCCAAGGCGUGGCUUUCCAGAACCUGUUUGAAGGAAUCUACUUCCCGGCCAUCUCCCUCUACAAGAGCUGCACGGUGUCGGUCAACUUCGGUCCGCACUUCAAGCACCCCCCCAAGGACGCCCCCUUCCAGCCGAUGAGCGACAUGGGCUGGGGCGCCGUCAUCGAGCACACGCUGGCCGACGCGUUGUACCACGUGGAGACGGAAGUGGACGGACGUCGCAGCCCGCCUUGGGAGGGAUGAACGGGGGGGGGGGCAGGCGGGCAACUCCUUCUCUUUAUUUGGACGGGAAGUUGACUUUGAUCAGUCCAGAAAGUCCACCCAACGGGUUGGUUGUGUCCCUUCUGCCGUCUCCCGCGGGGAUGUUGUAACGUGAGCGGCCGUCAGUUCAAGUCUUUGUGCGAUUGGAACGCGGGUUGGCUGUCGCAAAAUUUGAGUCAAAUUGAAAAACGGAGAGAAGAAAGUCUCGCAAGUUGGUCACUGUGACUUUUGCUCUGAUUAUUGAUUUGACAGGGCGCACAACUCCACACUCUUAACGUCGCGUUCGAUUCCCACGUGCUGCAUUGACUGCGCCUUCUCUUGUACACUUUUUUGUUUUGCUUGUUUUUAAUGGACUGAAAUAAAAACCGGCUACGUGGACGACAUUUGGUUAA